CACCAUGGCUGCCGUCAACAGCAGCAAGCUUUGCUGCUCUGAAUCACGGCUGAACGUUAUGUUCAGAUGGAACAGAAUGAUUUUCAAACUGCAUUUUAUGUUUACGUUUCUUCUUUUAUUUGUAAGCCUGUGUUUUUCCGACGACGAUCAUGAAAUGGAGGAGUUCCUGAAGCGGGAAUUUUCCCUCUCCAAGCCUUACCAAGGUGUGGGAUCUUUAGGCUCCUCCCACUGGGAGCUGAUGGGGGAUGCCAUGGUAACCACUGACCAGGUGCGACUCACACCUGACAUGCAGAGCAGGCAGGGGGCGGUAUGGAGCCGCAUUCCAUGCCAACUAAAGGACUGGGAGAUGCAGGUGCACUUUAAGGUUCAUGGGCAAGGAAAGAAGAACCUCAAUGGUGAUGGAUUGGCCAUUUGGUAUACAAAGGAGCGCAUGCAGAAAGGCCCCGUUUUCGGAAAUAUGGACAACUUCACUGGUUUGGGUGUGUUUGUGGACACGUAUCCCAAUGAGGAGAAGCACAUAGAGGCGCAGAAGAAGAGAUACACCCCCCGCACACAGAGGAUCUUCCCGUAUGUUAUUACCAUGGUGGGGAACGGCACCAUCAGCUACGACCACGAGCGGGACGGUCGGCACACAGAGCUCGGCGGCUGCAACGCCAUGGUGCGCAACCUCAAGCACGACACCUUCCUCUUCAUCCGAUAUGUCCGCCGCAGGCUCACGGUGAUGAUAGACAUUGAUGGUCAGCAUGAGUGGAGGGACUGCCUGGACAUACCUGGAGUGAGACUGCCUCUGGGAUAUUACUUUGGAGCUUCGGCAAUCACCGGAGAUCUCUCAGAUAACCAUGACAUCAUUUCCCUCAAACUUUACCAACUGACGGUGUUGCGGAGUAAAAAGGAAGAGGAGGAGGAAGAGCAGGAUGUAAUAACCAUCCCCAGUGUGGACAACAUGGAACUCCUCCGACUGUAUCAGAGUGAAGAAGGGAUGAGCGGAUUAGCCAUUUUCUUCACCGUGCUUUUCUCCAUGCUGGGAUGCAUCUUCCUUAUUGUCAUUGGCAUUGUAGUCUACAGCCAGUGGAACGAGAGACGUCGUAAGCGCUUCUACUGAGGAAAGCCUCGAAUGGGAAAAGGAUUACUGCUGUGACCCAGACCCAGCUGAGAUCAGAUAAAAGUAAGACACUGGCACUGAACGGUGGAGGAGCCGAUGUUUUUACCCAGAGGACCACACUAGUUUAAGAAGAGAUGGAGUAAAGGUUUCCCCAUCCCAGCAGAGCUUCUGAACCAGUUUCCACUUCAACUCAACCUCAACAACGCUACCUCUGUAAUCCUUACGCACCAGACAUGAGCCGCCCUUUGUGAUUCUUCGUCACGUAUACUCAUUUAUUGCUUAAACUUAAGUUGAGUGGUCUUGAUCAAAACUCGGUGAAAACCAAAACCAAAAUACAGACAAACUUUAGCUUGGUUUUGGCUAAUUUCAGGUUGUUUCGCCUUUUUAUUGUAAAACUUCUUAUAAUUAAGUAAACCAAAUUAAAUUACAUGUUGUUUAUUUUUAAACAUGUUAAAAGUGUGAUUUAGAAAUAAAUGUCACAAUCUUACUAGGGCUACAAAAUAUAUC